CAAGAGUAAAUGAAACUGCAUGAUCAACAUGGAAGCGGCCAGUGGAUUAACUGCAUGGGUAAGUAGUGUUAUUUAUUGCGUGUGUGUGUUAUAGUGGAUUUCCCCCAACUUGACAGUAUAGACCUUUUCACCGUUGACAACAAAAACAAUGUGUUAAAAGGGUCUGGUAAAGAACGUUUUUUUAAAAUAGUUUAUCGUUGUCUGUCCUUUGGUGGCAAACUAAGACAAUAGUGGCUAGAUUUUGUUCCCAGCCAAAAAAUACCACUAUUGUUAAUCCAGACCGUGUUGCUGUGCUGUUGUGUGCGGAAGUGUACCGGAAAUAAAGUUAGGGCCAUAGAACGUUCGUACAUUGUUUUUGUUGUCAACGGUGAAAAGGUCUAUACUGUCAAGUUGGGGGAAAUCCACUAUAACACACACACGCAAUAAAUAACACUACUUACCCAUGCAGUUAAUCCACUGGCCGCUUCCAUGUUGAUCAUGCAGUUUCAUUUACUCUUGUAAGAAAGUCUCUGACUGGAUAGCCUACAAAUGACUGACUGGCACCGUUGCACAACACUGCCAUCUGCUGGAUGUUCGGUGAAGGGUGUACCGCUAUUUGUAUUCAAAUCUGGUGGCAUUUAUUUGUGAAUCGUGGCGUACAGAGGCAGCGUUAGACCUUACGUCAACUUCGACGCCAAACAUGAUGCUGAAGUUCUCCAUAGAGCUAUGAAAGGAAUUGGUACGGAUGAAGAUGCGAUCCUCAUGCUUCUCACAGCCCGCAGCAACGAUCAGCGCCAGCAAAUUAAGGCAGCAUACAAAAAGGCCCACGGAAAGGAGUUGGUCAGCGCACUGAAAUCGGAGCUUGGUGGACUGUUUGAGAGUCUGAUUGUGGCCUUGAUGACCCCAUCUGUUUUAUAUGAUGCUACCAAACUGCACAAGGCUAUCAAGGGCGCCGGGACUGAUGAUGACGUGCUGAUUGAGAUCCUGGCCUCCAGGACGGGCGAACAGAUUAAAGACAUCAUCAAAGCGUACAAGAAAGAGUUCAGCAGCAAGCUGGAGAAAGAUGUCUGCGGUGACACCUCAGGGCACUAUCAGAAACUACUGGUGAUCCUCCUACAGGGGAAGAGGGAGGAGGGCGUAGAUGAGGGGAAGAUCGAGAAAGACGCUAAGGACUUGUAUGCUGCUGGUGAGGGCAAGUUGGGCACUGAUGAGGAAAAAUUCAUCUCAAUUAUUGGCACCAGGAGCAUAGAGCAUCUCAGAAAAGUGUUUGAUGCCUACAAGAAGCUCUCUGGCUCUGAUAUAGAGGACAGCAUUGAAGGCGAGACUACUGGGAAUUUGGAGAACUUAUUGCUAGCUGUUGUUAAAUGUGUCAAGAGUGUUCCAGCUUUUUUUGCUGAAUGCCUCUAUAAAUCUAUGAGGCGUGCUGGAACUGAUGACAGCACCCUGAUGAGGAUAAUGGUCUCAAGGAGUGAGGUGGACAUGUUGGAUAUCAGAGACUGCUUCAAAAAGAAAUAUGGAGCGUCUCUUUACACUACUAUCCAGGAGGACACAGCUGGAGACUACCAGAAGGCUUUACUCUACCUCUGUGGUGGGAAUGAUUAAUGCUGUUUUAUGAUGUGUUUAGCAGCACUGAAUGAUGAGCCACCACG